GCGGAUCGCACGGCAGCCACGGCGCUGGCAGUGCGAACCAUGGAUGGGCUCAGAGGCAACGUCACUCUGGUGAGCGCCCUGCCCGCCCCACUCCCUCAUGCUGCCCGCCCUGCUUGCUCAUGCUGCCCGCCCCGCUUGCUCAUGCUGCCCGCCCCGCUUGCUCAUGCUGCCCGCCCUGCUUGCUCAUGCUGCCCGCCCCGCUUGCUCAUGCUGCCCGCCCCGCUUGCUCAUGCUGCCCGCCCUGCUUGCUCAUGCUGCCCGCCCCGCUUGCUCAUGCUGCCCGCCCCGCUUGCUCAUGCUGCCCGCCCCGCUUGCUCAUGCUGCCUGCCCCCGUUGGGCAUGACGGUGUGUGCUGCCAUGGGGGUGUGUGCGCUGCCAUGCCACUUUGGAGAUGCUGCAGUGCGGGUGGUGCAGGGCAGGGAGCCAGAGCAGUUCCUAUCGCUCUUCAAGAGCCACCUGCUCUUCCUCAAGGGCAAGGCAGCAGAGGCGUAUGAUGCGGUGGGCAUCGCUCUCUUCCGAGUGCGGGCGCGCGACAACGGGCUCAUCCUGGCCGUCCAAAUGGACACGGUGCCGCGGUCGCUCAACUCAUCGGAGUGCAUGCUGCUGCAGACCCCCGCCAACCCAUUCCUGUGGGUGGGCAAGAACAGCACUGAGGCCGACAAGGCCGCCGCCACCACCGCUGCUGAAAUCUUCAAGCCCGGAGUGGCACUGAAGCAGCUGGCGGAGGGGAAGGAGACGUCGGUGUUCUGGGGGCAUCUGGGCGCCAAGGGGGACUACCCCGCGCAGCGCGAGCAGAGGGAGGCGCAGCGGGAUGCGCGCCUCUUCCACUACACUGGCACUGCAGCCGCUGCCAAGGUGGUGGAGGUGCCCAACUACGAGCAGGAGGAUCUGAUCAGCGAGGACGUGAUGCUGCUGGACACGCACAGCGAGGUGUUCGUGUGGGUGGGCGUCAACCUGCCCGACAAGGACAAGAAGGACGCCUUCGAGUACGCGCAGCGGUACGUGGAGGCGGUGGCGGGCAGCGAGGGGCGGUCGAAGGAGGUGACCAUCAUCCGCGUGGUGGAGGGCUUUGAGCCGCCCAUGUUCACCUGCCACUUCCAUUGGGACCCCACCAAGACUGCUGCCUUUGUGGACCCGCACGAGCGCAAGCUGGCGCACCUGCAGGGCCGCGAGGUGGAGCUCUCCGACCAUCGGGGCAUGGGGGGCAGGGGGGAAAGGGGGCAUAGGGGGCAUGGGGGCAUGGGGGGCAUGGGGCAUGGGGGCAUGGGGGGCAUGGGGGGCAUGGGGGCGUGGGCUGCCAAGCGCAAGCUGGCAACACUUGGCCUAGCAUCAUCCCACCCCGCCGCUGCUGCUGGCGCUGCUGCCGGCGGUGCCGCUGCGGCACCAGCAGAUGCUGAGCCGGCCGCAGCAGCCCCGCCAGCAGAGGUUGUUGCUGCUGCGGCUGCACACGCUGCCAAGGAUUCAGCAUCCUCUCAGAUGGCAGCAGCAAUGGCUGCCCUUAAGGGCUCCAUUAGGGGGGUGCCCACCAAGCCUGAUCCUGCCGCUGCUUCUCCUGCUGCUGCCGCACCUGCGCCCAUGGCUACGCCCGAGCCUGCUCCCGCUGAGGAGGUUGCGGCGCCCAUGUCUGCUGCUUCUCAGCGCGCUGCUGCCAUCGCUGCCCUGUCGGGCACUCUCACUGCGGAGAAAAGGAAGAGUGGUGGAGGAGCAGCAUAUUCCAUCCCCAAGGUGCAAUCGCCCGCUGCCACGGCUCGCUCACCAUCCUCCACGCCCGAACCACAGCCUGCUGCCAGUCCCGCUGCCGUCACGCCCUCCUCCCCCGUGCCCGCCCCCAUCCCCGAGGGAGACGAGCCCUCGGAUGCGGCGGGCACUGAGGCAGCAGUGGAGGGCGCCGUGUACGCCCUGGAGAGGCUCACAGUCAACAGCACGGACCCUGCUCCUGGCAUCGACACCAAGAAGCGAGAGGCUUAUCUGUCUGAUGCGGACUUCCUCCAAGCGUUCGGAUGUGAUAAGGAGGCUUUCUACAAGCAGCCCAAGUGGAAGCAGGAUACCAAGAAACGCUCGCUCCACCUUUUUUAA